UGUUUUUUCGCGCAAGCGCAAUUAGGCAUGCGGUACACGUGACUAUUCACAUUAAAAACAAUGUGGUGCUUCUUCCCGCGGAGGAGAUAUAUUCACUCAACUUUGUCUUUAAUGAAGAAAUUAAAGGGUAAAUCUGUAGCGGAGCAGCGCUGGCUAAUGCGGCAGCUCAGAGACCCGUAUGUCAAAGCUUCUCACGCGCAAAACUUUCGGUGCAGAAGCGCCUUCAAGCUGCUGGAGAUAGAUGACCAGUUCAGGCUGUUACAGCCUGGAUACAGUGUGGUGGACUGUGGAGCGGCACCUGGAGCCUGGAGCCAGGUGGCAGUUCAGAGAGUCAACUCAUCUGGGACAGGUGAGAGGAAUGCAGAGUUACCUCGUGGUACAGUUGUUGGCAUUGAUAUUCUGAAUGUACCGCCUCUAGAAGGUGCCCACUUCCUGUCCUGUCACGAUGUCACAGACCCCGCCACACAUGCCAAGCUGCUGGAGCUGCUCCCCGGUGGGCGUGCUCAUGUCAUCCUGAGCGACAUGGCACCGAAUGCCAGCGGUUUCCGAGAAAUGGACCAUGACAAACUCAUCGUGAUGUGUUUGUCAUUAAUAGACUUGGCUGAAAAGAUUUUACAGCCGGGGGGCUCACUAGUUUGUAAAUAUUGGGACGGGAUCUUUGUUCAAAAACUCCAGAAGAAGCUCUUGAGUGUGUUCAGCAGUGUUCGGACCUUAAAGCCAAAUGCCAGCAGAAAGGAUUCAGCCGAGAGAUUUUUCCUCGCUAGAAUGUACAGGAAGCCAGUGAAAUGAUGGCAGUUGUAUUUUUCCCCCAGUGUUUAUCCUAAAUUUAACAGUUUGAAUAAGGUACCUGUUUUGCUGAGUGCACACUGUGGUUGUAAUGGGUGAACAGUCUGGAAGUGGCUCAUUUAAUAGCUUUGAUCAAAAGGUGGCACUGUUGAAGUAUCUGUAAGGCUCACAGCUGCAGGCACAGGCACAGGCACAUCACAUACUGUUUAUUCCAGAAAACUUAACACCAUAAUAGCAUUGAAUCAGUAAUAAGUACUGUACACCCAUGCAAGUCACCAGUGUGACAUUCUUCAAGAGCCCAAUGCUGUUUUUUCUAUGAAGUUGUUGUUUGCCCCACAGUGUUUAUUCUACACAGUUUAGUAUUUUCUUUGUCAUAGAAAGUCAUUUAGUGGUGCUGCUUAUACUAAUAAUUUGCACUGCCAGCUAUGUAAUCAUUCUCUCAUUGAGACUUUAUGAAGAGAAAACCUAAGAGUCACAUAGAGUAUGACUAACAGGAAGUGGGAUGAUACUGAAGCUUGGCAGCUGCAAGUGUUGGGUUCUGCUCCCUGACAGUGAAGAGAUGGCCAUUUCCUGGGAAAAUAUUUUCAGGCCAGUAAACCAAUUUUCUUUUAAGAAUUGUCUUGAAAUCACUGUGUUGAACUCUUUGGGGGAAAAAUGCCAUUUAUAUUGUUUUGUUUCUGUGCUGUCACACUGUUUUGGUUCAGUUCUGAGCAGAGUUUAGAGCCAGUGGUAAUGAAGUAAAAGCACAUUUCUAUAGUAUCAGAGGCACAAUAUAUAUAUAUUUGAUGUCACAGAAAUCGGUAUAGUGAUUACCAGUACAGACCAUGCAAUAUAAUACCGUCUGCAGUGUUAUGUAUUUAAUUGUUGUUCUUUUAUUUGCAGUGCAGUGCUUGGAUUCACCAGGGGUCUAGCAUGAACAUCUGGACCCUGUGCAUAUGCAGUGGGUCCCUUUCCUCUCUUAAUAACUCACAUGUAUGUGCAAAUAACUCGGCUUUUCUUCCUUUAUCAUUUCUUGGGCACUUGAUGCCUGUGUUGCGGCCAACAGCACACAGAGAUGGUGAAUGACAUGCAGCACAGGACCCCAGCUGGACCAGGGAUAUUGUAAUAAAUAGUCGGCACCCGCAUGCACAAGUAACUGAAUAACAACCAAACACAUGCAUUCUCAUUGGUUAUUAAGGUACUCAGUGAUGGCUUUGUUCUUGUACCACUUUUGAUCAAAUACCACUCAUAAAUCUGUGAUGCCUUUACUAUGCAGUUUACUUAAGGAGGAGUUAUCAUUUAUUACAUUACAUCACAUCAUCAUUAUUAUUAUUGUUGGGUUAUUUUCCUCAUGGUCAUUUAUGUUUUUCAUAUAAAGAGCUGAAGUGAAGCCAGAGCAUCUAUGUUCUGUUUCAAAUGUAAGACAACCUCUCUCCAAAUCUCAAGAAACGCUGAGUGGGAGCUUGCAUUGAGUUAUGGAAGCUAGUGGAAGAGAGGUUAGCCUGGGCUAGUGAUUUUUGUCUUUCACAUUCAGGCCUAAGAAAAGAUGGAAAAAUAUUUUCUGGCCUCUAAAUUGUAAAAAGAUCACUAAUAAAACAAUGCAAAACAUUCAGCCCAAACCAGUGUAAAUGGUUGCAUGAUAUCACCUUUAUGAACUCACUUUGUCUCACACCCGCAGUAACACAAGAAUAUAGAGGGGAAUAAACACAGCUUAAUUUAUAAGGAAGCUAGCCGAGCUUGAUUAGCUAGAGAUAUGUGCAAUAUGAUUGCAAGUAAACUUUUAGCAGGUGGCGAUUAUGAAUUUAUAUUGUUAUUGUGCAUUUAGAUGGCACUCUAUUUAACUGUAGGAAAAGGGACUGACCUCUAAGGAUGACUGUUUGUAAUGAAUGAGAGCAGCCAAUAAGUCAGUAGGCAUUAUUUGUUCAAUUUCAGGGUCAGCUGUGUACGAAAAACAAAAGAAAACAUUUUUAAUCUUUUUUAGCUAAACACACAUAUGCUAACUAGAUUUUUUUUUUACCUUGUGAAAAUUAACUCCUUCAAAUUACUGAUAAAUUAUCAUUAGUCAGAUUAAUUCUAAAUUGAUUUUUUUUUUGUCUGAUCAUUCGAUAAAAUGAAAUUUGAAGCCUCAUCAACCCUGAAUUAGCAUUUCUGGCAGCAAAGGAAGAGAUGGCUCAUAUGAAUAAAUUGAUAGGCUGCUAUUUGGCCUUUCAUUCUCAGGAGUGAGGAGUAAUACAGUAUGAACUGAAACAUUCAUGCCUCUUGGUAAAAUUAAGUGCAGAGAAAGGGACUGACCUCUAAAGAUGAGUGUUUGGAAUGAAUGGGAGCAGCCAUGCCUGUUGAUGAAGCAGAUAGUGAAAGAUGUGAACAGAUGACCAAUUUUACUUCUCAUUACUUGUUGAUUAUUCAGCGCUUUGCUAUUUAGAUUUAAAUUAUUACGAAAUUACUGUGGGAUUUAUGUAAAUUCCAUUGGAGACGAACACUCAGGCUUAGGAUAAAUGAUGAUUCAUUCACAGGUUAAUUCAUUCUUCUCUGGCCAGCUGCAGGUUCAGAUGUAAAUAUUAGUAAAUUAAGAGAGAAAACCAGUUGGAGAUUCACAAAUUUAAAAUUGAGAUUGGAUACUGAAAUUGUGUAAUCGCCUCUAUAAUCACCCGCAUUAAAAAAAACAAACAAACCUGUCACACAAAACUCCUUUUUGAGU